AUGCAGAUUAAACUCCUUGGACGCCAGGUAAUUCAGCGGCACAAACAGGCCAAAGAAAAACACAGACAGCAACAAAAAGCCCUUGGCCGUGCGACCGACAACGCCGUGAUUCCACGCGAAUACGGCCAGUUCGUACAGCCGGGUGACCAGGUCCCACCGCGCGGUGAUGUAGCCCGCUACGAAGAUGCCGAGGGUGAGGAUGGAAAAGGGUGGUUUCGAGUUUCGGCUUUCGAGGUUUUGAGGUUUCAAGAUGAGCGCAUAGCUUGGAUUGGCGUUGGCUACACAAGCAUUUCGGAUGAAAUCAUUAUCGAGUCGUAA